AUGUCCACCAAGAAAGUCGAAAGAACCGAAAAGGGACCAGUUGCCCGUGAAUACACCAUCAACCUCCAAAAGGAUCUCAAGAAGAUCUGCAUCUUCCGUAGAGCUCCACGUGCCAUCAAGCUCAUCAAGAAGUUCGCUCAAAAGAACAUGAAGACCAACGUUGUCCUCAUUGAUGACAAGUUGAACAAGUACAUCUGGGCCCACGGUAUCAAGACUACUCCAAACCGUGUCCGUGUCGUUCUCCAAAGAAAGAGAGCCGAAUCUGGUGAAGACGAAACCCAAAAGAUGAUCACCGUCGCUUCCCUCGUCCCAGACGUUGCCUCCUUCAAGAACCUCAAGACCAAGGUCGUCACUGCCAACUAA